CCGGCGAUUGUUGAGGUGACAGACGAAUGCAAAAUAUCACGAGAAAUGGCUACCCACUUAAGCGGUGGUCGCAUAAAUUUGGCCGUUUGGAGGGAGGUGGCGAGGAGGGAGUUACUAGAAUGUCUGGAUAAGUGUGUCGGGAGUAAAGCCAUUGUAUGGGAUGACCACUUGACAGGUCCGUUUGGACUCAUAGCUGAGUACUCGCUAUUAAAGGAGCAUGAGGUGGACAAGAUGUUCCCCCUGCGGCCAGGCCGCCUGCCCAUCUCGGCCGGCUCGGGGCAGGGGAGCAUGAUCAUUCAGAACAUCAUCUUCCUCGUCCGUCCCCGGCUGGACCUGAUGGAGAUCGUGGCCGAUGCCAUCCGGCGCACCGAGGAGGCGGCGGGGAGAUUCCACAUGGAGUUCCAUAUCUUCUUUGUGCCUCGGAAAAGCCUCAUGUGCGAGAAGAAACUGACGGAGCUCGGUGUUUACGGCACACUGACCACUGUGGGGGAAUACACCCUGGACCUGUUGCCGUUUGACAGUGACGUACUCUCCAUGGAGAUGGAACAAUCAUUCAAGGAGUGCUACCUGCAAAAUGACCUGACCACAAUGUUCUACGUGGCCAAGGCUCUGAUGAAGAUACAAGCAUUGUACGGUAUCAUUCCCAAGAUCUAUGGCAAGGGGACAUUGUCAAAGCAUGUUGCCGAUACCAUCUUGCGAUUGCGUCGUGAGAUGGCGGGCAACGAGAGGCAAGUCCAGCCCCAGAUCGAUACCCUCCUACUGAUUGACCGGACGGUUGACCUCUUGACCCCUCUGGCCACGCAGCUGACCUACGAGGGACUGAUUGACGAGAUAUAUGGAAUACACAACACCAACGUUAAACUCCCACCCGAAAAGUUUGUCCGCAAGAACGAAAACGAACCCCAGCAAGAGUUGCCGACAGAACCCAAGAAGAUUAUACUCAACUCAUCGGACGAGCUGUUUGCCGUCAUCCGAGACAAGAACUUCAAUGCCGUCGGGCCGGAGCUUAGCAGAAAGGCCAAGAUACUGUCGGCACAGUAUGAGGAACGCAAAGAUGCCAAAACAGUGAGGGACAUCAAACAGUUUGUCACCAAGCUACCACACAUACAGGCGGCCAAGGCCUCACUAGCAACUCAUACUUCCAUAGCUGAAUUGGUCAAGGAACGGACAGAUUUGGAAUCAUUCAUGGACUCGCUCCAAACACAGCAAGAGUUCAUGAAUGGAGUAGACACGGACAAAGUGAAUAAUUACAUCGAGGAAUGCAUUGCCAAGAGAGAGCCACUGAUCAAGGUGUUGCGACUGCUCUGCAUGCAGUCGGUGACAAACAACGGUUUCAAGCCCAAAAUAUACGACUUCUACAAAAGGGAAAUCACACAGACGUACGGCUUUGAGCACAUUGUGUCGUUAAACAACCUGGAGAAGAUUGGACUGUUGAAGGUGCAAGGCCAGAAGACGUAUAACACCAUCAGGAAGACACUGAGACUGGUUGUUGAAGACGUCAAUGAACAGAAUCCUCACGACAUAUCCUACGUGUACAGUGGCUAUGCCCCGCUCAGCGUACGGCUUGCCCAGUUCCUGGCCAAGCCCGGCUGGCGUAGCAUUGAGGAGGUACUGAGACUCAUUCCUGGACCCACGGUGGAAGAGACACAGCAGAUACCAUACGGCCUGCUGAAGAAAAGGACGAUAGGUGACAGUCAAAGUGACAACCAGAAGGUGACGUUGGUUUUCUUCAUUGGAGGAGUGACCUACGCUGAGAUGGCUGCCCUCAGAUUCCUCUCAAACCAAGAUGAUGGACCCAUGGAGUACCUGAUAGCCACGACCCAGGUGAUCAACGGACACAACUGGCUACGUUCCAUCAUGGAGGACCUUGUCGUACCAACGUUCUCUGAGAAAGAGUUCGGCUCGACCACUGGGAGUCGCCUUAGAUGAUAAGGAGCUAUUCUUGCCACAGAAAUGAAUAAAGUUUUGUAAUUUCAUGUUUUCGGGGCCACUGGUGUACAAGUUAGCUUCUCUUUCAAUAUUUGCAUUGAAAAAGGCGUUGUUGAAUUAGUAUAUUUAGCAAUGGAUUUCUGUACCAGUGAGUGACAUCUAAAGCAGAAGCUUGAGUAUCAGAAAUGUUUUGAUACAAAGGAGUGUUGUAGUCAUAGAGCUUUAUUAAAUUACUGGAGCGCUAACU